UACAUUCACAUCACACAGAAAGAUUACCGUUGUAAAGAGAAGUUACUAAUUGAACUGUUAAAACGGAAUAUUCUAGAUAUCAUUGUCUGGACAUUACGAGAAGUGAAACAAUUAAGUUAUGUGUCGAGGCUACCUUAAUUGAAAAUAAAGAAAGGAACCUACAAGUAAAGGACUGUUUCAAGAUGCCAAGCGAAGUUCCAAAGGUAGGGGGCUCACCAUUACCCUCUGUAACCCCACCCCGUUUAAUGUCGCCAGUGAAGUCUAGGCUGACAAAGGAAUCUCUCAGCAAGUUGUCAGACCCAAUGACACCGGAUGAAUACAUAACUCAGUUUAGUGAUGUAACUGACGGUCCAAAAAGCUUGGAAGACAGCAGCCUUACUGAGAGAGAACAUAAGAGAAUAUUAAAGGUUUUCCUCACGGAAGCAACCAUAAGAGAUCUCGAGGCUAUUCACGAAGAGGACUUUGAGGAAGAAGAUUUGCUGGUACCUGAGUCUAGCACUGGAGAUGACUUGGAGGAAACAGGCCACAGGUCAACGGGUACAGGUGCUUCCGGUGUAUCAACAAUGUCGGAAACAGAACCAGAUGUAGAUUAUGAUACCGAUCUAGAGAUGGAAGACCCAGAUAGAUGGUUGCAUCCUGAUUUGUACGACAGAGAUACCACAGGAAUCAAUCGUUAUCUGCGCAUGUGCCAGAAGCUGGAAAUUCAGCCAAUUACGUACUUCCUUAAACAUAUGCAAGAUACAGAACUCAUCAUGAAAUACCAUGGUUUAGGUCCACUGGGCGUAAAGGCGAUGUCAGAUCCACUUGAGAUUAACACGACAAUAGAAAAGAUGGAUCUAGAGGGCAACUAUAUACUUGGAAUCGGAACAAACUACCUCUCAAAAGUUCUUAAAGACAAUGUUUAUGUAACAGAACUAAUAUUGUCUGAAAAUAAAAUGGGCAAUAUGGGCGCGAAGGCUAUCUGUGACUUACUGUUGGAAAACAAAACUAUUACAUAUUUAGAUCUCAAAGGAAACAACAUAGAAGAUGGUGCCGCUGAAGAUUUCUAUGACAUGCUGUCGAAAAAUACCGACCUAAAAACACUUAUUUUACGACAUAAUUGCUUUGAGGACGAUGGAGCAAGAAUGUUGAAAGAUUCCCUAAUAGAGAACGACACCUUAACAACGCUUGACUUAAGCUGGAAUCACUUUCAAUGGCGCGGAUGUUGUACUAUUGCCGAAGGCGUAGCUGAAAAUACUGGGCUUAAAUAUCUCAAUCUGUGUAUGAACGGAUUUGGUCUGGAAGGAGCCAAAGCUUUAGAGGAUAUGUUGCGUGACAACCACACUCUAUUAGAAUUAGACAUUAGUUUCUGUCGGAUACCGCUGCAAGGAGCUCCACACAUUGCUGCAGGAAUCCAGAACAAUGAAGGUUUACAAAAGCUAAAUGUAGGAUAUAAUCAAAUCCAAGGGGAAGGUGGUUAUGUAGUCUUGGUGGCAGCUGACAGAAACGAGCACGGCAGCAUAAAAUAUCUUAACUUUGGUAAUUUGACAGUGAAGAUUGAUUUCAAGAAACUUGCAGACGAAAUGACAGAACAAAAGAUGAUGACCGUUCUGUACGGCAACGUCAUGUUGGAUGUGACAUCAUUCCGAAACGCUAAAUACGAUCCUUGGGCUCAUCACCAAGCUGAUCCAAUGACAAAAUUGAAAGAAUGGCUUGAUCAAGCUGGAUAUCGAUUAGUUGACCUUUUGCUUACAUUUGAUCGUGACGGAAGUCUUUCUUUAGACUUACAUGAGCUUAAACAAGGGAUAAGGAGUGUAGGAAUAGACAUGACUGACCUAGAAGUAGAAAUACUGAUGAAGAACCUAGACGAUGAUAACAGCGGCACCAUUGAUAUGAAAGAAUUAAUGCAAGGAGCAGAGAAACACACCUUGGAGACACGUGAAGCUAUAAGAUAUAAGGACGAGCAAGAUAAAAUAGAGGCAGAAAGAAGGAAACAAAUGAAAGCGGGAGAUGUGAAAGAUUUUCAGAAAUUAAUACAAGAAUCAGACGUUAUAAAACCAGUAGCAAUUGUGUAGAUGCAUCCGAACAUUUCUGCCUUCAUCUAAGUACAUGUAAAAAAUCUGUUACAGCGAACAAGAAGACAUAUAUAAGAAUCUUCCACUGGUUGUCUCGGCUCGGGAGUAGCAACUUGGCCACUGUCGAGUUUCUACUAAUGCAGUUACCCGCAAACUGGAUAUUCACAUUCAUAACAACCAGUGACAGAUUUUUUUCUUGCAUACCAAUAAUAGAAGACCAGUUACCUUCUUUUAAGCACCGUUUCCUUAUAAAAGUGAAUGAACUUAGGUAUUUAUUUUGAACGAAUUGUGUAAGAACCGGUGAAACUCCGGUAUGCAAGAAUACGUUUACUCCAACGAAAUAUUUUUCACAAAUGCAGAGCAUGUUGAUUCUUGUGAUUUAACAAUUUAAACAGCUUUAUUUUGAAGAAAUGGUAUACAUACGAGGGCGGUUCAAAAAGAACGUAUACUUUUGGUGUCAGAAGACGCAUACUGUGUAAAGAGCAAUGUGAAAUAUAUUACAACAUGUAUUGUAAUUCGCAAUCUUUCUCUUAUUUGGUCAUACAUUUUUGUAACAUAUGCCGUGGAACGUUUUAAUUACCAUAUCUACGCAUUACCGGCGCGGUCGCUUUUUCAUCUGUAAUGAUUUGAAUUUUAUCGCUAAUAUUCGCACUGAUAGAACACUUUUUCGCCAGAAAUAUGUCAAAGUGCAGCAACACGUCAGGGCGACAUGCAUCGAGAGUAUAUAGCAUCAUUCGGACGUAGAAAGUAAACAACAUUUAAACUAAUGACAGUAAAGUUGGUAGGCAGUUGGUAGUUGGUAGUUGAACAUUCGAAUAACCAACUAUAUACUAGUUGCCAGCUGGUUAUUCAAAAUGUAUUGGCAAGUUCGAUUACCUUUUUAAACUCAGAAUAAAACGCAAUAUAUUAUCAAUUUCGAGGUUUUAGUUUAUCAUGUUUCAUUUCGCAUGAAUAUUCAACUGCAUACUGGAAAGAAGAUAGUUAUUCAAAUUUUGAAGAAAAAAAAUCAAAACCUCUUUUAAAGGGAUCAAAUCAUACAACUAGACUUAAUUUGCUUUUAGAUUUCAAUACAAAUCACUUCCAAUAUAUAGAUCCGUCUUUGAAACAUUCAGGUGAGCCAGUUGCCAAUUCGUAUACAAAUAACCAACUGCCUACUGGUAGGCAGUUGGUAAUUCGAUAUUUUCCAGAAAGUCAGUAUGAUAAAAACAUUCAUUCUAACACUUGUUUUGUUCUUAAAUAUUAACAUUUAGUCCUUUAAGUGCAUUCAGUAGUCUUCGCAAGUACCAAGGGAGCCAGUUGCAAUUGCGAAAUGUUUCAGAAAAUCUUUUUUAGCCAUAAACUAGUAUUUAAUUUUUGCUUUGUAUUUAUAUAUCAAUAUCCGACCCUUUCAAUAUAUAAAUCAGUCUUGGGGACACUUAGGAGAGCCAGUUGCCAAUUCGCGUUUGAAAUGCCUACUGGUAGGCAGUUGGUUAUUCGACAUUUUCCAGACAGUCAAUUUUUUGGUCGAAAAUGAUAAAAGCAUUCAUUCUAAUCCUCGUUUUUUCUUAAAUAUUAAUAUUUAUUCUUUUAGAUGCAUUCAGUAGUCUUCGCAAGUACCAUGGGAGCCAGUUACGAAUUCGCGACAUAUGUUUCAGAACUUUUUUUUUCAGAAUAAAACAACAGAAGCAUUCAAUUUACUUUUUAAUUUGUUUUUAUAUAUCAACAUCCAACACUUUCAAUAUAUAGAUCAGUCUUGGGAACACUCAGGAGAGCCAGUUGCAAAUUCACGUGCGAAUAACCACGUAAUAGGCAGUCGAUUAUUUGACA